AUGGACGUCCAACUCUAUGUUUACGACCUGUCACAGGGCCUGGCCAGACAGUAUUCUCGUGCUCUGACCGGCGUCCAGAUCGAUGCCAUCUAUCACACAGCCAUCGUCCUCAACAAUGUCGAGUAUUUCUUCGGCCAGGGCAUCCACAGAAAAGUCCCCGGCUCAACCCACCAUGGCCGGCCCAUGUCGGUGGUGAAUCUGGGAAAGACAGACCUCCCCCUCGAUGUCAUCGAAGAGUACAUUGAAUCUCUGGAAGACAUCUACACCCCGGAGUCGUACGACCUGUUCCUGCAUAACUGCAACAACUUCUCGCAGGACCUGGCCAUGUUUCUUGUGGGCAAGAGUAUCCCCGAUGAGAUCCGGAGCUUACCCGAGACAUUUCUCAACACCCCUAUCGGACAGAUGCUGCGUGGCCAACUCGACCAGUCCAUGAGAAAGAUGACCCAGGCUCCCGAUGCUGCCGCUGGCCAGAACGCCUCGAGGAAUCCUACAGCUGCCAAACCGACUCCUAACGCCGUCGCAAACGGAACUCCUGCCUCGUCCACACCCAACGCCACAGCCAUCCAUAGAGUCGCUCCCACGGCCAUCAUCAAUGCGCAGCCCCCAGCACAAUCUCCGGGCCACGUCUACAACAUCUCGUCGCUGACCGAGCUCGAUAGCCUGCUCGAAGGGGCCCGACAAUCCUGCGCCGUUGUCUUCUUCACCUCGGCCACCUGCCCGCCAUGCAAGAUCGUGUAUCCCACCUACGACGAACUUGCUGCCGAAGCGGGCGUUGAAAGCGGCGCGAAGCUGAUCAAAAUCGACAUCUCCGCCUCCCCGUCGGCGCACGCCGUGGCACAGAAAUACCAAGUCCGCGCCACUCCGACCUUCAUCACCUUUCUCAAGGGCCAAAAGCAGGAUGAGUGGUCUGGCGCCAACCCGGCACAACUCAGAGGCAAUGUUCGCUUGCUGCUGCAGAUGACUAGACCGCCUCAGCACCAGCACGCGACACUGAAACUGCCCACUUUCCAGCGCAUCAUCAACACCCCUAUUAUGUACACCCGCACACCCCCCCUGGACAAACUCCUCGCCAAAAUCGGGCCGGAGAUCUCCCAGGCGCAGUCUGUGCAAGACCUCGUGGCCUACAUCAGAGCCCGCGAUGCCAAGGGCAUGACCGAAGCACCCCUGCCGGAUCUCCACGCGUUCAGUGCCCAUCUCGCCUCGGCAUUUCCCUCGCUCCCGUCCGAGAAACAUUUCGUAGUGAUAGACCUUGUCCGCGUUGCAGCUGCGGAUCCGCGAGUGUCGAGUUUCCUCGUGACAGAGCAUGAGCGCACGACUCUCUCGACCCUCUUGUCUGCAACGCGGAGCGGCGGCGACUUCUCCUCUGCGCCGUACAACAUCCAGUCCGUCUCGUUGCAGCUCACCUGUAACAUGUUUGGGUCGAACGUGUUUCAGGAACAAGUAUUCCGUGGACAAAACGCUGCGGCAAGCUCGGUGAACUUGAAAGAGGCAGUCGAGUCGCUCGCAUCGCAAUGUCUGCUUUCACCCCAUGUGAAUGCGCGUCUCAUGGCCGCUGCACUCGUCUACAAUCUUGCUGCAUACAUCCAUAACCAGCGCGUCCAUGCCCAAACCACCACAUCCACCACGGCCGCUGACGAGGAUGCCGCCCCCAGUGACGAUCUCUCCGCCGCCCUGCUGGAGUCCAUCACGUCGCUUGUGUCUGUCAACGGCACAGACUCGACAACCGGAACAGGAAAUGGGAAUGUCAAGGGCGCCGUCAAUGCCAAAGAAACACUGCACGCUCUCCUCCUUGCACUUGGCAUGCUGCUGUACGCCGCCCCGCCGGAGAACAUGCUCUGGGAUCUGUGCCAGGCCAUGGACCUGCGGGAGACGUUGAAACAAAUAAAAAAGACUGGCCACGGACUCGGCGACGACGUCAAGACCGAACCGCUGCUGAAAGAGGUCGGAGACGAACUAUUGGGCAAAGGCAGCUUUUGA